AUGGUAAUGGGCCCCCAGUCUCAGGCCACAACGGCUAAUGAGGGCCCCCACCGAGCGCUGUCGUCCGUCGUGGCCCUAGGAGCCAACAUCAUCUGCAACAAGAUCCCUGGUUUGGCCCCGCGGCAGCGUGCCAUCUGCCAGAGCCGGCCCGAUGCCAUCAUCGUGAUUGGGGAGGGGGCGCAGAUGGGCCUCAACGAGUGCCAGUACCAGUUCCGCUUUGGGCGCUGGAACUGCUCCGCCCUCGGGGAGAAGACCGUGUUUGGGCAAGAGCUCCGAGUGCUGGAGGAGCGCAUGAAACUAGAGUGCAAGUGCCACGGCGUGUCGGGCUCCUGCACCACCAAGACGUGCUGGACCACGCUGCCCAAGUUCCGCGAGGUGGGCCACCUGCUGAAGGAGAAGUACAACGCGGCCGUGCAGGUGGAGGUGGUGCGGGCCAGCCGCCUGCGGCAGCCCACCUUCCUGCGCAUCAAGCAGCUGCGCAGCUACCAGAAGCCCAUGGAGACGGACCUGGUGUACAUCGAGAAGUCGCCCAACUACUGCGAGGAGGACGCGGCCACGGGCAGCGUGGGCACGCAGGGCCGCCUGUGCAACCGCACCUCGCCGGGCGCGGACGGCUGCGACACCAUGUGCUGCGGCCGCGGCUACAACACGCACCAGUACACCAAGGUCUGGCAGUGCAACUGCAAGUUCCACUGGUGCUGCUUCGUCAAGUGCAACACCUGCAGCGAGCGCACGGAGGUCUUCACCUGCAAGUGAGCGGCCACGGCCACGGCCACGGCCACGGCCACGCGGGCGGCCGCCCCGCUGCCGCGUUUGCACACGGGCUUCCCGCCUUCCCCGCUCCGUGCGGCCGGCUGGGGCAGAGGUGGCCGCGGAUGGCGGGGCUCCGGACGCAGGAGGGCUCCCUCUGGGCCCGUCGCCCUCUCCCCGUCCCGUGGCUCCUUCCUGCCAUUCCCGUCACUUGCUGUGGCAGAACAGUGCCCGUGACUUAGCCGAGGUGUCCUUGACCGAGCCCGGUGAAUUAAUUUUCUUCUCUCCGGGAAAGUGAACCUCAAGGACACCCGUAUCCCUGGAAAGCAAAGAGAUGACAAGACUCUGAGUGUCCCCCUCCCCCGCCUGGUGGCAUGAACACGGACCUGCUGCACCGCCAGCCCCACGUGACACUGUUUCCCAGGCCGCAUCCGCCGUGGGGCCCCAUGGUGGUCUGGGCAGAUGCCGACAAAAAUUAUUUAUGUUUCCAUAGUAUCAGAGGAGGACUCAGCAUGAAGGCAGAGCCGGUCCCAACCCCGUACCCCACGAUAGCGGACCCCCUCUCUGCCCUUUUCCUCUCCUGGACCCUGGAGCAUCCUUGUGCACUGUGCCCUCCUGGCCCUGCCUGGGGACAGGUGGCUGGGCGUGGUGGUCCCCAGGUGAGCUGAGCAGGGGCUUGGUGACCAGCAUGGCCCCCAGAGGGCCUCUGAGGACAGCCCUGGACAGGGACCUCUGGCUGCUUCUCUUCUUUUAGAAAACGGUAUCAAACCAGUCAAAACGCCACCUGUGUCAGGUUCCGGGAGUGCUGUCUCCCCUCCCCAAGGCUGUGACCCUCCCCGCCCCUCGCCAGCCUGGCACCUUGAAGUUUACAGAGCCCCCUCCACUCUGGAGCCAGCCAGACCCCAGGAUGGCACUGUGCUAGGGGAGUGCGGGGGGGUGGGGGCGGCUGAGAGUCGUUCAGGGUGUUUGCCUCAUUUGACAGAUGGGGACACUGAGGCCCAAAAUGGAGCACUAGCCAGAGGCCCCAAGACCUGAGUGGAGGUUCCUGCCUUGGCUUGGGUGUCCUGACCCCCAGCCCAUGGCUCCUGGCCUCAGAAGACAAGCUGUGGGGACACCCAGGUUAGUGUGAGGUGGCCCCCAUGCCUUGAGAAAUCACUGGGGCCUGCACUCCCCCCCCCUCCGGAGGUGCCUUCGAGGGUUUGUCAGUAGCCUUCUUGCACAUCUGGCCCUUUCGCCCUGACCUCGAUGUGGAGAAAACUUGGAUGCAGGGUGUCAUUGUGCCAGGGCCCCACCAGACACCUCCCCAGGGUGCCCACAACCUCCCUUGAAGUCCAGCUCACCCUGAAACCUGGGAGACAGGAACGGGAGGGGGUCCGGCUCAGUUCUAAACCAUGUGUGGGAUGGGGAGAGAAAGGAAACCCGGGACUUGGGCCUGGCUGUGUCCUCUGCAAACCCCCCACCCCUCCUGGGGAGACCAAGGCAGAGGAGGUGACUUGCCAGGAAACGUGGUGUGCGGUGACUUCUGGUGCACCCUCUACUGCCCACAUAUCCCCACCCCAAAUUUAGGGUGUUUUCUCCCAGACACCCAUCGAAAUGUGUCCUCAGGUGGCUGACCGGCCAAGCGGGCUGGACAUGAGCCUGGGGCGAGUGACACUGUCUGGGCCCUGGCGUCCACCCUGCGUGCCCCCAGUGAUGCCAGGACACUCCAUUAGCUGCUGUCCUGGGAGCCUCCAGGCCAACGUGAAUGCCCCCCACCCCACUCCUCGGGUCCCAGGACACCCUGAGUCCACAGGCCCAAUGUCCUCUGCCAAGGCACCUGGUUAACUUAUAUUGUUAUAUAGUGUUGAGAUGUCUAUAGUGUCUUAAAUUAUUGUGACCUACACUGGGUACUGGGGAGGGGUGGCCGCUGCUCUCCCCUGAGACAGGCUCUUCCUUCUGCUUGAAACGGACGCUCGGGGCUCCUGACGCCACCGAGUCACGCGCACUGUCCCUCGGCCAUUGAGUGCCCCUGCUGAGACCCCGCCCGCCCUCAGUCCAUCAGCAGCUGCCCUCCCCUUGGGUGAGGGGGUCAGUGUGGCCCGGUCAGGGGUGGCGGUGGCCGAAGCUUCAUGCCCCUGCAGUGCCCACUUCAGGAGAGCCGGUGGGUUUCUGACGGGCUGUGUCCACUCCCUGGAGGGGAGCAACGGCUCCAAUAAAGCUGGAAUCAAAGAUG